CUACAGAGUAACCAGCUGUGAUCUGCAUAUGACUUACAUGAUAAUCAUGGAAGCAUUUUAUUCUUCAAUGCUUUUCCUAUUGCAUAUAGAACUUUAUUUGGGUAUUUUCUUUUAGCUUAUGAAAAUCAUCAUAAUUAAUGCUGUUGUUUGAAUAAUACUUGCUUAGAAUUAAUUCAUCAUGGUUGUUUGGAAGAAAUGGUUCCAGCGUAAGAUGAUGGAUCUCUUAGCAGUAGAGAAUAGCAAAGGUUCAUUUUGCUUCUUUGUGUUUUCUGCAAUGAUAUGUCUUGCACUUUUUUUCCUCUUCGGAUACUGGUCAGCUUGUUACCAGGCUGGAAUUCAGCCUCCUCAUACUGCUUCCACUGGUGUGUUUGCUGAUAACAUUGCUGGGAAAUUCUUCUUACCAAACCUGGCCACAUCUGUACUUCCUGUUGAUGUUGUGUACACGUGGGUUAAUGGAUCAGACCCACAGCUGGCUUUAGGGCUCCGACAAGUGCUUAGAAAUCUUACCGGUCAUUGUAGCCCUCCUCACUACUGCACUCUGGGCAGAUAUGUUGCUUUACCUCUUCACACCUCUGCGGAUGCUGACACCAUGUCAGCCAUGCUACGCAUCACGCCUAAACUGGCCGGCAUCAAGCGAGUUAUAGCCCAAUAUGGAGAUGCUGAAAAGGACUUUUUAGUGGCUAGAGUUAUGUAUUCUGAUUCUAAAGAUCAAGCUGGUGAUGAUGGUUUAGAACAGUUUGAUGGGCAAACUGGCAAGGCUGAAGAUGUGCCAGAAUUAGAUGCAGUCUUGGGAGACGUACAACAGCGCAUGCUGGAAAUUGGGGUUGAGACAACCCCUAGUCUAGCUGUCUGGUCGACAGAGAAGAGCCACGGCUGGAGCGUCCCACGUGACACAGCAGCUUUCAUCAUCAACACGGCAGGGGAAGAAGAUAUCAAUGUAUUGUUCUACAAGCUAACCAAAUCCAUACCUCAGUUUGCUGAAAGCUGUGACAGAGAGCUAAUACAAGAUGGCUUCUUCGUAGAGUGCACUGACAGACUCCUUAUUGACGACCUCAAGGAGUCUGUUAUGCAGUACAACACGCCUCGAAUUAACGAAAACAUGGCACGCGUCGAGGCGAGCUUGCACAACACAGUUCCCAAGCUUGCCAAGUAUAAACCGGGACAUCAGAAGAAAAUUCAUGCUGACGAGCGUGUCGAGACGUCGUCGCGGACUGCAGAGAUUAAAUUGAGAGCUGAAGAUGGCUCUGUUUUGCUGACGGAGAAUGUUAAUCCUGAUGUGCCCAGAGCUAAAGAGGUCCAUGCCAGGGUUGAUGAAAAAAUCUCCAGUUCACGUCGUCUUAAGUCGGUUAGUGAUGAAGGAAAUGUCGGUUUUGAAGAAUACAAAGAUGAAAAACUGUAUCUUGAAGAAAAAUACCAAAAUGAUUUGAAAACUCUAAGUGAAAAAGCUAUUGCUGGAAGUCCUCGACGUCUCUUAGUUUUAGGAGGUCGCUUCAAGCAGAGGCAAGGGGAUAGCCAGUCCAUAGAAAGAUCAUCCAAAUCUUUGCUUCUUGGCGAAGUAAAAGCAACUGACACCAGAGUGAACUUUCGUGUAGGCGGCGAUGUUGCUGACGUUGCUAAAAACGAGCUGGAAUUGUCAAAAAGGACUGAAGGUCCUAACCCUCCUAAAACCGCAACGUCUGAUGCGCCCAGUAAAGAACUCGUACGCGAUAGCUAUCUCAUUGACAGAGUCAAGUCAGACGCGCUGAAGAAAGCCAGUGAUAUAUCUGUAAAGGAUUUUGAUAUUGCCAAAAAAGGUGCUGCAUCUUCAAAAGAGUCUCAACCUAAGUUUGAAUAUGCACAUACUCUUAUUCCCGAGCGUCUUAGCAAAAGAAAUACAUUUCUGGAAGCUAAAGGCAAUCAUGCAAAGGCCGCCAAUAGCUCGUCAUCCCCUAUGAAGAAAAACGCCAGUGCCGUUCCUGACGCGCUACUGAGCGGACGCGUUCAGUUCUUGCCGGCGCUGCUGCAGCUGCAGUCUGUAGAGAACGACAAGCUUAGAGAUGGCGUGAAUGUCAACAGAUUCCAGGACAGUGAGGAGCUUCGCUAUUCACUGCGCUCGCUGGAGCGAUACGCAGGCUGGGUGCGCCACGUCUACCUCGUCACCAACGGCCAACUGCCGUACUGGCUUGACCUCGACCAUCCCCGCCUCACUGUUGUGCCUCACUCUGCCAUCUUCCCUGACGCCUCACACCUACCUACAUACUCCUCCCCUGCAAUCGAGAGUCAUUUGCACCGGAUCCCCGGACUGUCACUCAACUUCUUGUACUUUAACGACGACGUGAUGUUGGGUGCGCCUGUCUGGCCUCAAGACUUCCACUCUGCUGACGAAGGGCAGCGAGUCUUCCUGUCGUGGCAGCUGCCCAGCUGUGCCCCGGGCUGUGCCAACUCUUGGCUGGCGGAUGGUUAUUGCGACGUUCCAUGUAACGUCUCCAUAUGCAGCUAUGAUGGUCACGACUGUCUCGGAGUCGACAUUAAAAUGGGUGUGGGGCUCGGCGGCUCGCACUACACCGAUGACGGUGGCCUGGACAGCGCCUACGAGGACCUUGCCGGCACUGGCCCCGGGGCCUGCGCUGACACCUGCAUCGACUCCUGGCUGGCAGACGGCUACUGUGACGACGCUUGCAAUGUUGCGUCAUGUGGUUACGACUGCGGCGAUUGUGGUGACGGCGAACUCCGACAUCUGCCUCAGCUGCCUCUGCCACAUCCCAACACCUCGCUUCAUUACACGAUGCCUCGAGGAACUCGCUCAUGGUGGCUGGAUUUGUCAGCCGUGCUCGGUGCCAAUACGACCAUCGAGGGCGACUUCUCGACGCUCACGUCUGGCCAAGCGCCCCAGGCAGAACCAAGUCCACCGUACGCCCUGCCAGUGGACCUGCAACACGCAGGAGUUCUCGCCCUCACUGCCAGUACCACCUUGAAGCUCCUCGUUGCUGUACUGACGCCAGACCUGGAACAAGAUCUGCACUUGCAUAUCAAAAUUAUUAACAAGAUAGCCAGUAGUAUGAUCUGGUUCAAAUAUGUGGUGUCGGUGAGUGACGUGGUCGAAGACAAUCCCGCUGCGGAGCCUCAGCAAAGCCCCGACAAUAACGCCACCGCAACUCCCCUUCACUUCAACUUUACAUACCAUUCGCCGGAGUUGCUUCAACCCCGCAACAACGCUUCUACGUUGUAUCAUGACGUUGACGUUCGACUGUCAAAGAUGGAACCUAACAUUAAAAUGCAGGUUGCGCAUCUUGAGCAACUGUAUCUUCUUGGACAUCUCACGGAACUUGGUCUUAAAGUAAAAAAGUCGGCAAUUGUCGAAAAGUACGUAAAGAAUCAUCCUCACCUCGAAAAUAAUUUAAAACGAUAUCCUGAGACCUGGGUAGCUGAUUUAAAAAGGGAUCAAAGUUCCUCCUCUGAGACUCCGGUUGUGCAAAAUAUUGUUGUUCAUCCUGCGAAUGUCAGCACUGGGCGUAAAUUGCUCUGGACUGCUUAUGGACAUCAAAAUUUUACUAGGCAGCAAUUCGAUUAUUUGAAUGAAUUUCUAAACAUUCCAACAAAAUCUACUUCAUCUGAACAUAGAUUGUCUGUCCAUAAAAGUUCUGUGUCUCAAAGUCAAGAUUUGAAAUCGAGUGAACCUCACGAUAAAACUUCAGGUGAUCUAGAAAGCUAUCGUGGUUUUUUUCCAUGGGAGAGACAACCUGAAUGUCAUUCUUCAGAUAAAUCUGAUUGGGAUGAGAUUAUUAGGAAGAUGCGUUCUAGAUUGGGAGAUUCUCUAGUCGUUAAUAGUAGAUUUAUCCGAAAAUUUUACAAUAAGCCUCUACAAAAUUUUUCAGUAAAGAUACCAGAGAAUAAUAUUCUUAAAUCAAGCCAUUUCGUGGUUACUUCUUUAGUAACAGACAUGGAAAAUAAGUUUCCUGGUAGGCGUGCAUUACUAGACAUGUUUGCGGAGUCGCUGCUUUACGUCAACCGAGUUUACAACGAAGAGCUCGGCAUGAAGAUACGCAAAGUGCCCGCACACACACCGCACUUCAUCAACAUCUCUGUCAUGACCGACCUACAAGACAGAUUUGCGGCCGAGUUUACAGCAACGUCAUCGCACAAAGUGCGUCAGAGCCACGACAUGCAGUUCGCUUUCUCUUACUAUUAUUACUUGCUGGGCGCCACCCGCAUCAGAACUAUCGAGGAAAUCUUCGUCGAGUUUGAUACGGACAAUUCUGGGACGUGGUCAGACCGCGAGAUCCGCACGCUGUUGGCGCGUGUAGGCGAGAUCCCGGUGCAGUUUGCGCGCGUGAAGCUCCUGCAUCAGCUGCUCUCCAACUGCUCCUUGGUGCAUGACGUGCCUCCCGUCCCCACGCCGCCCUACGAGCGAUAUGCCGACUCCCAUCUCCCUGCAGUAAGCCUGGCGCUGGUGCAGCAGUGCGAAGAAGUGCAUGCGUUGCUGGCGCCGCUGCGGGCCGUGCCGCGCUACAGGGCAACUGAGGUCUCCGACUCUUCGCUCCACUUUAAGAUGAUCUCUAGUAAUCUCUCUAAAGUCAUCACGAUGCUCGAUGAAGUGCGACGCGAACCCAGAAAGUUCGUGUGCCUCAACAAUAACCUCGACCCUGAACACGGCGAUAACGACAUGAUUCUGGCACUGCUGCAGGACACGUACGAGUCGCUGUAUCCUCAGCCCUCGUCUUUUGAGCUGCCGCCCAACUACCGCAACAGGUUCCUGUACCUGCAGGAGCUGCAGCAGUGGCGGCACUGGCGUAACAUUGUGAGGGUCGUCGUGUAUUCUUGCUUUGCUCUCCUACUCCUCAUCACACUCACUACCUUCUGGGGAUCGAAGAUAGAAGCUCUUAAGCGCCAUUGCUGCAGAAGAAGAGGCAACGGACACUACUUAGUUCAGCAGCAGAAAAGAUUGAUUGAAUUCCCAGUGUAAGCCAAGUGUACCUAUUUAUUUUUUAGGACACUUUUAGCCCGAUCUUUCGAACUUAGCUUGGUGCUGAACAUCAUUGCGACUUUAAUUCUGUCAGUUGAUCGCUUCUACGAUUUUAGGCUUGUACACGAUUUUGUGUUGUUUGUUUGAAAUCUUGAUCUCUUCUCAUCGAAUUCUCUCUCUUUACUUAAGUAUCACAUAAUUUUUAAUCAUAAAAUAUUUAUUUUGUAUGUUUUUUAUGUUGCUGUUCUAUGAUUUGUUAGCACGUUAGCGUUUCCAGAACUUACACGGCAUGUGUUGCACAUGCAGGUGCCACUUGUUAUAUUUUGUUUUAAAUUAAGCUAUUCGAUAUUUGAUUUAGCUAUUUCAUUCUAUGAUCUCUUGCGCGCAUUGUGGAUUGAGUGCGGCAACUGGGUAAAAGUCCAGCGUGAGAGCGAGAGCUCAGUUCAUCCAUGUUGACCAUUGGUUUAUUUUCUGCAAUUAAGUUCUCACUCCGCUGUGUAAGUGCUUCACGCGAGGUAAUGCACUGCGCUCGUGUGCUCCGCAACGGUCGGCAAAGAAAAUUCCAAUAAAGUCUAGUCACGUCCUACCCAUUCAACUCAUGAGUAGGAGACACCUUACUCCUUAUGAAGUCUCAUACAUGACAUUUUAGGUUUCUGCUGCCACGCUCUUUAUUUCAUGAUCACCGUAGCUUUUAUUCUUGCGAUUGAUCGAAUUAAUAUGAUCUCCGUCCGCCAUUUUCAUGUCUUCGAAUUAUCGUAAAUUAUGCAAUUCGUACGUCCACAUUUGUGUCUGUGAACAGUCUUAAAGGUAGGAGUUUGAGUUUUGCGUGUUCCUUUUUAUUUCCACUUCGCUUCUGCUUGAACCUUUCAUCUGCGUAUUGAUAAGCAGUCGUCCACGUUAUUCGUAUCUAUGUUACUGGUACCGUGGGUUGCCGUUAAGUGUUCAAAACACGUGCAAUGAUUGUUCUCCUAGUCUCACUUAACUCGCGGCAUUAUGUUGUUUAUCGUCAAGUAUCGUUAAGUUAAUUAAGGUUAUGUAACCAAAGGUGUCUUGUGCUUUGAAGUUGGCUUGAUUGCAUGAGCACGCUACUGCAAUAUUUGGCUGUGACAGAAGACCUUUGCUUUUCUCAGCUGGCAUUAUCUCGUUGGUUAACAGCAUUCUUUACAAUAAGACUUGAAUUGUACGCUAAGGAACGUUAUGUGUGGCAUCGAAAUAAUUCAACAUUAAUUUAACAUGCUUGUGGCUCGUCCACGGAAGUAACUGAGCUUGUGCUGAUAUUUAAUUUUCAAAUAGAUUUCUCUGAUGAUAAUUUUAGAGCAUACUGGGACACUGAUCCUUGCUACCUGAUAACGAAAAGUUAUAUCCGGUGUUCAUACAUAAAGCAACUCCCGGAAACUAAGUGCUCAUUAAUAUCUCUUGCAUCG